GUCCACUUGCAAUGAAACGAAAAAGGACGACAGCAAUCUCCCCUGUCUUCUCACCCACACACACGCCAUCCGUCACCUACUGGCAGUCGUCGCGGUCCUAAUGAGGCUGCCGAGCUGCAUCAGCCGCCAGAGGAGCAAGUGAAGAAAGACAGUGAACAUGGGGAACGUCCUUGGAAGAAGGAUGCAGGUGAGGAGCGGAAAAUGAGAGGGGCGACAUGGGCGAGUGCGAGAAGAUGGAGACGGACAGGGGAAUCCGCGAACGGUGCCAAAACUGUGGGGAGACAUAUAUGCCAGCCAGGCAGCGAUGAUGUGCAUGCUCGAGCUCCUUCUACAUGGGCUGUUGGCUGCUUACGUAAAGUAGUGGUUUAUCUCCGCUCUGACCAGCUGCUGUGCUCGCGCAGAAGGGGCCUGCAUUCCCCACAAGGACACGCAGCAUUUGCGGUCCAUGGUAUGUCCUGCCGCCUCUCUUUCAAUCCGCACCUGCUGUUUGAACCGAGAGCGCUGCCCCACUGGCGGCAGGGGGUCUCGCCCACUGUCACUUGACCUUCUUGACUCGUUUUCAUGUCCACCGCUCGAAGGCAGACGGUCGCUUUGUCGCCUUGCUUCCCAUCUCCGAUAGUAGGCCUCAUCAUACACUUGGCCGUAAGAGGGCCGUCUGGCGUUGUGGAAGAACCACACGCUGUCGUGCUCUCCUUGAUAGUCGACCCCUGGCAAGCGCAGGAGGGGCAGGGGGCCUCUCUCGUGGUCUCGAUGGUAGAAGACUUCAUAUACUCUGUCGGGCGCGAGUGGCGUGGGGGAGUGGCUGAAGUACCACGACGCGUCAUACUCGCCAGCGAAAUCGAUGUCACGCACACUGUGCUGACGGGGGGGCAUCACCAGGACACCAACGAUAAGG